AUGAAGCUGCCACUGCUGCUGUUGCUAAUCCAGUCUUGUGCCCUUGUGGCCAGAGCCACUCCUGCCAGGCACUGGCGUCGUGCACCCACCCAUGGAGUUUUCAAUGUGGAUGUCUAUGCCUACAACAAGCCCCGGAUGAACUUGGUGCGUCGCCAGGCCAUCGGAAGUCGAUCCACUCAGGAUGCUCCUCCAAUGGAUCACGUGCUGCAGCAGAUCUCCCAACACAGCCGGCAAUCCACCGAGCAGAGGUCCCACUAUAGGAACCUUGACGAGGACUUGGAGGUCCUGCCAAUGCCAAUUGCUGUGCAGGAACAAGCCAGCGAGCUGAACAAAACAAUUGAGAGCCCGGCCAUAAACAUGCAAUUAAUGCCUCUGCAAAUGAACUCGACUAUGCACGCACGGGAGAAUUUAUAUUCGAACGAGUUCCAUGUGCAAAGUAUUGGGACCAAGAAGAUAGUGCAAUUGAAUACCCUGACCAGCGACCAUGAGCGUAAACCAGUCGUCGAAGAAGUUAUGGCCCAGCAGCAGCAGGACCAGGAGCAGCAGGAGCCGUUGAAGGUGAAGCUGACACUGCCAGUGCUGCCCGAGAACAAUGCAGAAGAAACAGAAGUCCUUCCUGCAACGAACAAAGUUGGCGAGGCAGACGCAGCGGGGACAGCUCCUGCGGGGGAAUCCCUGACAAGUGUGAAGAAAACCAUGGCCCCGAGUGAGACAAUUAUCGAUAAGCCAUCGACAGGAAUGCAGCAGCUUGUCAGCCCGACGACAGCGGAGAAUGCCGGUGACACCGGCACAAAGGCUCAGUCCGGAGUCCAGAGAAAGAAGGACGAACAGAAGGCCGGACCGCCACGUCCUCGUCCGAAGACCAAGCGAAAGCAAAAGCCAACAGGAGCACCAACGUCUAAUGAAACUGAUAUAAAGAUGACAGCGAGCCGAGUUGUCACUGCACCAGUUCCUGGUCCUGUUCGUCCUGAAACUAACCCCAUCGUGGGACCAGGUUCUGGCCCAUUAAAUGCGAAGCAGCCGGCGAAGGAAUUGGAAACACAAUCACUAUCGCCGGAAAUCAGCACGCAUCGUCCUUUGACAACGAAGAGCAGGGGCAAAGGCAAGGGUAAGGGUAAGGGCAAGGAUAAACGCCGCCAGGGCUCCCAGAGACGUCCCGCAAUCGCUGGCGUAAUGGAGGAGGAAAUUGAAACUACGACAAAUUGGUGGCAGAUUCUCCCAUAUGCGGAAAUUAGAAAAUUUUUGAAUACAAUUUACGAUACCAUCGCCGAUGAUGGCGACGACGAACGUGCCACGGUUGAUGUGUGAGACCGGAGUAUUCGUUACGACGGUUGGACUUGGGGUUUUUGGGGUUCCGGUUUUAGUGUUUAUAGAGGGUCCGACCAAGUG